GACGCGGAGGACAAGGUUGGCCGGACGCCGCUGUCGUAUGCUGCCGCGCAUGGGUACGAGACCGUCGUCGAGCUGCUGCUCGCUACCGGCAAGGCCAACGUCGACGCGGAGGACAAGGCUGGCCGGACGCCGCUGUCGUAUGCUGCCUCGCAUGGGCACGAGACCGUCGUCGAGCUGCUGCUCGCUACCGGCAUGGUCGACGUCAACGCGAAGGAUAACCAAGGGUGGACGCCGUUGUUGUAUGCUGCCGUGAAGGGGCGCAAGGCUGUCGUCAAGCUGCUUCAAUCAGCGAAAUAG